CAGUAAUUGUCAAUCAAAUUCAUCCGUAUGAAAAAUAUGUGAACUGAGUUUUUUGGAGUUGUAGAAUAUUUAUACAAAAUAAUUGAUUGAUUUCCCUUCUAACAUCAGUCCGUUGACCAUGCCACCCUUUGAAGAUACUAAAGAACAUUUGAAAUCGGUUGAAACACCAAAAAAAAAUAUUUGGUCUCAAAUUUUGAGCGAUGUUCAGAAUCAUGGAAACCAAAAAUUGCCAUCUUUCAAGCAGAUUCUGGUCUUGGGUGACAAUGAAUCAGGAAAAACUACAAUGGUAGCAAAGCUUCAAGGAGUGGAGGAUCCCAAAAAAGGGUCUGGUCUUGAAUAUGCUUACAUAGAUGUUCGCGAUGAAUAUAGAGAUGAUCAUACACGGCUGAGCGUUUGGGUCUUAGACGGCGAUCCGGGACAUUCCAAUCUAUUGAAAUUUGCUCUAAACAAAGAUACUUUCGCUGAUACAUUGGUUAUCUUAACAGUAACAAUGACAGCUCCAUGGGGAAUUUUAGAGCAGCUAAGACAUUGGGCAUCUGUAUUAGCUGAUCAUUUGGAUAAAUUAGAACUUGAUGUAGAUUUGAGACAAAGCAAAAGACAGCAACUUGUGAAAUUAUGGAAAGAUUACAUUGAACCAGGGGAUGAACUUGAUCCUACCUCCCCAAUGAAGAGAAGUUCCAGAAAUUUUGGAGAUGAAGAUGGUGAUAAUGAGGAUGGUCAACUCCCUGAGGCUACUUUGACCAAUAAUUUGGGCUUGGAUAUCGUUGUUGUAGUAACAAAGACAGAUUACAUGCAAACUCUAGAGAAGGAGCAUGACUAUAGGGAUGAACAUUUAGAUUUUAUGCAAUCUUGGGUUCGACGGUUCUGUCUUCAGUAUGGUGCAGCACUGUUUUACACCAGCGCCAAAGAAGAUAAGAACUGCGAUCUGCUGUACAAGUAUCUCACACAUCGUAUUUAUGGAUUUCCAUUCAGGACGCCAGCACUGGUGGUGGAGAAAGAUGCUGUUUUUAUUCCGGCAGGUUGGGAUAACAUGAAGAAAAUAAGUAUUUUGUAUGAGAACAUGCACAGCUGUAAACCUGAAGAUUAUUAUAGGGACAUAAUUGUCCAGCCUAUCGCUAGAAAGACCAUUAGCAGAGAAACUGAACUUUUAGCCGAAGAUGAACAAGCGUUUUUGGUCAGAAUGCAACAAAUUUUACUGGCAGGUGGAGGACCUCCCUCAGGAAGGACGUCAGACUCCAUAAGGUCUUCCCCAUUGGUGAAAGGAACGGUAAGAUCUGGUCCCAGUAUAUUGCCACCUAGAAAGCUUGAUGGUUCCAAGGUUGUUAGUUCACCUGGAGGCGAAGGGGUGCUAGCUAACUUCUUCAAUUCCCUGUUGAACAAGAAGAGUAGCACUCCUGGCUCUAGUUCGAAAUCAGGUUCAGAAUCCCUACCUGAUAAAGCAGCCAUGCGCUCUGACGCCGCUGCUGAGUUAGAUAGGUUAUCUAGGGGUGCAAAGAAGUCUCUGGGGGGUGAUUUCAAUUCUUCAGAUUGCUGAAUAUCUAUUAUUCUUAGUAUUAAUUAUCCGCAAAAUUUAAUACUUAGGCUUAUUUAUUAUUAAUCAAUUCAUUCAUAAUGAUUCAGUACAUAAUAUAUAUUAUCGAUGAAGUAACUUAUUUUAGAAUAUAUUCACCGAAAUUAGAUAGAAAUAAUAUUUUUUAGAAUUAUUCACCCAGAUUGAACAUCAGUCCAAAUAAAUAAUUGGAAAUAUCAAA